CAGUCACUCUUGUCGCCGCUUUUAAGCUUCUAUAAGUUUCUACCUAUCUGCUAGCAGCCAUGUCUGCGGCGGCAGCAGCCAUUGCUUCAAGCUCGACUCCAAACUCCCUCACCCAAUUUAGAAUAACAGGGAACAAGAUUCUCGUGAACGCCGUUCCAACGUUCAGAAGUUCCUCGGGGCAUUUCACUGAACUCUUUCUCAAAAGCUCACGUGGAUACAAGAGAAAUUCAAUCUCCACCACCAACAUUAGACGCUUAUCCCCUGUCAUGGAAUGGCAGGAUUGCACGGCUAAGAUGGAAAUUGACGUCCCCUGUUCGGUUGCCUAUAAUUGUUACUCUGAUCGUGAAUCCAUUCCCCGUUGGAUGCCUUUUAUAUCAUCUGUACAGAUAUUGGAGGAUAAGCCUGAUAUAUCACGCUGGUCACUUAAGUAUGAAGCAUUUGGUCGUGAUAUUGAAUUUUCAUGGCUUGCCCAAAAUCUCCAGCCGAUACCUAAUCAGAAAAUCCACUGGCGUUCUGUAGAAGGUCUUCCUAACAGGGGAGCGGUCAGAUUUUAUCCAAAAGGUCCUUCAUCAUGCAUUGUAGAUCUUACUGUUUCAUAUGAAGUCCCUCAAAUUUUGGUUCCAGUGGCAUCAGCACUGCAGCCCUUUCUUGAACAAUUGCUCUUACGUGGUUUGGAGAGUUUCGCAAAUGUUGCUAAAAUCUAUUAAGCUAACAUGCCUAUACGAAGUUAUAAUGACACUAAAACAAGGUCCUUGAGUUCCAGAGUCAACAAUUGUUUCAUUGCUUCGCCACCCUUCAAACUCCCUCUCCCCCC